UAUCGUUGUUGAAAUAUCCCACGUUGAUGUUCUGCCCCUUUCGCGUGUGCCCUCGCCAAUUUGCCGGAAAGCAGGGGGCGAUACUGAACCAGAAUGCCACCAGGAAAAGAAAAAAGUUUCAAGAGGAAGCUACAUAUAGAAGCCUUCAAAUAACUGCCCGCAAUGAACAUUGUUGCUCAUUCCUUGCUGUAUCUUCCAGUAAUUGUCGACAAUAAAUCGAUGUACUACUCUCGCGGUGGCACGCCAUGUUCGGCACAAGAUGUUUGCUUUCAUGGGUUUUCAAAGCCACCCAGGGGUCAUAUAAAUGUUCGCGAAUUUCUUUACCGCGAAUCACGUAUCUUGGAGAGAAAAGUUCUGUGCCGGGGUAAAGGCAUUGUCUGCUUUACUGCAGAAUUUGUAGCUUCUCAGUCUCCAGGGGCGCAAUGUGUUCUCGAUCUCACUUCUAGUCCGACCCCCUCAAAUUAUUCAAGCUGUGAACUGGGGAACUGGGGAGGCUUCUUGGAAAAGAACUGCUGCGGAGCCGCAUUUGAUAGGUAUCUUUAUGCACUGGGGCUCCGAGCUAACCAGACCAAACAGAUAUACUUAAAUUCUGGCGAGCAAAAUGAUUGUUUGACUUCAAUGGAGAGAUUCAAGGGAGAUGUUUUUGGGUGCGGGAUUGAGAAGCUGACGAGUGGGGGCGGCAGCUGUUCUGACUUUAAUGUUACUGAUGUCAACAGUAAGAUGGGAGAGAACUUGAAAAGGUUCAGUGAAAACUGUAAUUUUGGGAGUUCUGAUGGAGAACAGGACCGAACAUGUCAUUCCUGCACGGAGACCUGGGAAGAGAUGAGAUCGAUGCACCCUGCAGCCACCGAAAGUGAAUCUGUGGCAAACAAUACGGACAUUUGUAGGUUUGCCAUUCUUGUGUCGUUAACGAGCACGAGAACUGAAGACUCCAGUUAUGUCCAAAAAAUUUACAGGUGCCUCGGGGAGCAAACUAGCAGCAGCAGCAAAAAUGAAAAUAAAGAGCGGCAAAAUUGGAAGCCCAAACUUAUUAAAAUAGGUAUGUGGGUUUUAAUCAGUGUCCUCAUCGUGGCUAUGGUCGCUUUUAUCAUUUCCAUCAUCAUUCGGUCAAAACGACGCCGUAAACCAAAUUCAGAGCCAAAAAGAGCUGCAUUCAAGGAUGUGCUUCUCAAGGGACCUAGUUGUCCGAAGGUUCCAAUUAAAGUAGUAUAUACAGCCACAAACAACCUACAGGAGUCCAAUUUCAUAGGUCAAGGAAUUGCUGGGAGGGUGUACAAGGGCAUAAUGCCAAACAACCAGCAUGUUGCUAUAAAGCAUAUCAUCAGCGAUGUGAAUGUGGAAACUGUUGUGAGAGAGGUCACAAGCUUAUCGCAUGUUCGGCAUCCGAGUCUGGUUUCGCUGCUGGGCUGCUGUGUAAAUGAAGAUGAGUGUUUUCUUGUCUAUGAGCUCUGUCCAAAUGGGAACCUUUCCGAGUGGCUUUUUGGAAAGGACAGGGUUCUCUCUUGGAUCCAGAGGCUUGAAAUUGCCAUUGAUUGUGCAAGAGGUCUUAUCUUUCUCCACACAUAUCCAGAAGGAUGCAUUGUCCACCGUGAUAUCAAGCCGACAAACAUUCUCCUAGGACCGAAUUUUGAAGCCAAACUUUCAGAUUUCGGACUAUCUAAGGUGAUUGAUCUAGGCGAAGCUUAUGUCAGCUCAGAGGUGAGGGGGACCUUUGGCUACCUUGAUCCCGAGUACCAAAACAACCGCCAGGUGAAUUCAUCCGGUGACGUUUACAGCUUCGGGAUAGUGUUGCUGCAAAUCCUCUCGGGGAAGAAAGUUAUCAAUUUGAACCAGAAAAUACCAACGCCGUUGGAUAAAAUGGCAAAAGCCCUUAUUAGAGGCGGCAGCAUCACAGACUUUGCGGACCCCAAGUUCGAGGGCGAAUACUCUGCAGAAGCAUUUAUUAUUACACUUCAGCUGGCACUCUCAUGCACUGGACUGAAGCAACAAAGGCCAUCCAUGGAGCAAGUUGCCGUAAAGUUGGUGGAAGCCCUAGAAAUAUCAACCAAAGCAAAAGCUUCUUCUCCUGAACUGACCCCUGAAUGGCUUUCAAGUUCAACAGAAUGACGGAGAAGUCCUUGCAUGUUUUGACUGUUUUCCGAAGGAUCAGCAGAUAACGUUUUUGUUAACUAAUUCCAAUAAGGGAUACCCUUCAUCCGUUUGACUGACAUAUAUACAUCCUUGUAUAGAUUUUUACAAUCAGGGUACAUGUUACCAAACUUUUUUUUCUCAA